AUUCAAAGGAACACUAAAGAGCCAAUCAGAAUCUCUCACUAAAAGCGGAAAACAUUCUCUCGGAACUCAACAGGAGCGGCACUGAAAGAUGGCGCGCAGUAGUGCGAUGAUAAAAACUCUGGUUUUCUUCACCUGUUCUCUUCAUCUUUCAUCAGCAGUCACACACUCUCUGCAGUAUUUCUACACUGCAGUUACACCUGGAAUAAAUUUCCCAGAAUUCACCACUGUGGGUCAGGUGGAUGGAGUACAGUUUGAUUAUUAUGACAGUGACAUCAGGAAGAAGAUCCCAAAGACGGAGUGGAUACAGAAGAAUGAGGGAGAAGAUUACUGGAACAGUGAGACACAGAUUUCACAGGGGAAUCAGGAGACCUUCAAAGUCAAUAUGGCUACACUAAUGCAGCGCUUUAAUCAGACUGGAGGAGUUCACACAGUGCAGAUGAUGUACGGCUGUGAGCUCCAUGAUGAUGGGACUGUUAGAGGAUACGAGCAGUACGGUUAUGAUGGAGAAGAUUUCCUCAGUUUUCAUCUGAAAACUAAAACCUGGAUCGCUCCAAAACGUCAAGCUGUGAUCACCAAGAACAAGUGGGAUCCUAAUACUGGUUAUAAUACAAAUGAGAAGAACUACCUGGAGAAGGAGUGUAUUAAGUGGUUACAGGAGUACGUGUCUUACGGCAGAGACACUCUGGAGAGGAAAGAUCCUCCUACAGCAUCAGUGAUCCAGAAACACUCGCCUUCUCCAGAGGUGGUGUGUCACGCUACAGGUUUCUUCCCCAAAGAGGUGAUGAUCUCCUGGAGGAAGGACGGAGAGGACGUGAACGAGGACGUGGAGCUCAGAGAGACGUUACCCAACCAGGAUGGAAGCUUCCAGAAGAGAAGCAUUCUGAAAGUCCCAGCUGAGGAUCUGCAGAAACACACCUACACCUGCGUGAUUCAGCACAGCAGCUUGAAGGAGGAGUUAGUGCUAGAAGUACCAAAAGGUGGAGGACUGAUGGCUGUCAUCGUUGGUGUUCUCGUGGCUCUCGUUGUUCUCGUUGCCGUUGUUGCUGGAAUUAUGGUCUGGAAGAAGAAGAACUCUGGCUUCAGACGUGCUCCAGAAAAGUCACCAAGCUCCUCAGAACAUGAAUUACUUUACGACUAGACUAAGCAUGACUGUGUGUCUUCCUGCUGAACUGAGAGAGAGAGACCAGGAGAUGGAGAUGAGGACCACACACACACACACACACACACACACACACACAUUAUUCAGAAGAUAUCUUGGUGUGUGAUGUUCUUCCUGUGUUGGAUGGAGGAGCUUUUUCUUGUAAAUCUCUUGUUCUUGGUGUAAAAUGGGAUUAUUAGGAUUGUUUGGGUUUUAUUUUUUUACUCUGUAGGUUUCUCAGCUGAUUUCCUUUUAAUCUUUAAUUUUAUUGAGAUUUUCACAAUCUGGAUUUCUAGAAUGUUUUAAAUUUGAAGUUUUAAAGAAACUAAAUGAAUUUAUUCACUUGUGCCGAUUGUGUGUAUUUUAUUAGCUUCAGUACGAUCAUUCAUUAUACCUCAUCAUACACUGUGUUUCUACACACACACUCACACACACACACACACACACAUUAUAAUCAGUUAUCAGACUUCAUCUGUUCUUUCUCUUUAAAAUGGGUUUAGUCUUUAAUUCACACACAUUGACUGCUUUGUGUCUCUUUUCUGUUUAAAUUUGUUUAGCUUGAGAAUAUUAACAUUAAUUAAUUAAUAAUUAAUUAUCAUAAUGCUAUAAGAAAUAAACUACACAAAAUCCCA